ACCAAUUUGAAAUUAAACACUUUUUUGCUGCUGCGCCCCAUUUCGUCACCAUCCCAUUCGUCACAUCCGAUUCGACAUACCCCGAUUCCUCCCACUUUUUGGUUUUUUUCAAUCUGUUCCAUUUAACUGUUGUAAAUUUUAGCGAUAUCAAUGAAUAAACUUAAUCGGAUUUGUGUGACAUCUUUGCUUACCAAUUAUCGAUGUUUACAACAAAUUAGGAAUUCCUAUAAUUAUCCAGUAACAUUCGAAAAAGUAGUCUUUCCGCCUGAUGGAAAAUUUCAGUUACCUGCAAUGCCUCCUGAACCCGUUUAUGAUGAAGCACUUGGCGAGGUUAAGAAAAAACUGAAUAGGCGUAUGAUUGAGGCAAGAGGCUAUGAACCUAUACACACAGAGUUGAUUCACAAACAAUUUGGACUUGCUGCUAUCAGUGGUGGCUUCAUAACUGGUGCUGAUUUUGCAUACCUUCAAGAGCAUGUCAACAAAUUUCUAAAGAAAAAUCAAUUUGCAGUUUGGCGUGUUGAUGCCCCAUGGUUACCACGGACUCGACGUUUGAGAGGCACGAAGCGCGGCGGUGGUAAAGGCCCUAUCCAUCAUUUUGAGACUCCUGUUCGUGCAGGCCGUAUCAUUCUUGAAGUUGGUGGUUACAUACUCGAAGCUGAGGCUCGUGCGAUAUUAAUGACUUGUCUGCAGCGUUUUCCAUUUCCUAUUGAAUUUGUUAGUGAUGAACUAUUGCAAAGAAGACGAGAUGUUGAAGUUAAAAUAAAAGAACAAAAUGAAAAUAAAUUCGAUUGGGACACUAUGAUUAAGUACAACAUGCAGGGUUGUCAAUAUUGGCUGUCUCCUUAUGAUGUUAUUUGGAAAUGCAAAUACAAGUAG